UGACGAAUUGCUCUUUGGCUUUUCAAAACAUUCACUCCGUCCAAUGAGACAAGAACGAAAGGUAUAAAUAAAGGACCACAACACACUUUCUGUCAUCAUAAUUCCUUCAUCAAACAAACACAUUUCAAUGCUCACUUCCAUCAAAAAAGCCUUUUCAGCCACCCCAUCUAAGCCUACAUCCCAAUCUCAACCCCAAACUGCACCCGAAAAACCAGCCGUGACCAUGUCUAAAUCACAAAAAGUACAAGAAUUUCUGCAAUUGAUCAAACAACGUCGAUCAAUCCAUGCACUGAACAAUACGCCCAUCUUACCUGAUGCAGAGUUGGUUUCCCUUAUCAAAUCAACCGUCCGUGAAUCGCCAUCCGCAUUCAACAGUCAAACAUCCCGUGUGGUAGUUCUGUUGGGCGAAGACCAUGUUCAUUAUUGGUCAAAUAUCGUCAAGCCAGCCAUGCGAAAAGCCAUCACGGAUGAAGCAACUUGGUCAAUUUUUGGUCCACGAUAUGAUAUGUUUGCUCAAGGUUAUGGAACUGCACUCUUCUUUGAAGAUGAAAGGACGAUUAAACAACUACAGGAAAGUCGGCCUGCCAUUGCGAAACUCUUCCCACAAUGGUCGACACAUGCGAGCGGAAUGGCUCAGUUGAACACUUGGACUGCGUUAGAAGUGGCGGGAUAUGGUGCCAACCUUCAACAUGUGAGUGAAUCUUGCAAAAAGCACGUUGAUGAACAAAAGACUGACAUCCCACUCUUCCAUCUCUGAACAGAACGUCCAAGCAGCUCCUGCCACCAUUGUGGAAAAGUAUGGUGUUCCAGCCGAAUGGACCUUGCAUGCCGAAUUGGUGUUUGGCACUCCAGUCGCUAC